GCUUAGAUUCAGACCUAUUUCAUAAUUUUGAAAUUUUUGUAGAAAGGUAUUAUUGUGACCAUUGCGGCUUUAGGUGAAAAGUGACGAAACAGUUCUAAUUGGAAUGAUUAAAAUCUGAGAAUUAAAAUAGCAUGCAGCAAUAAACUUUCCUAAACCAUUGAACCGUUACGAAUAUUUCGGAAAGUCAUUGAACAUGGCAACGCGGAGGCCUCGAGUUAAGGUUGCGGCGAAUCUAUCGAUUCGUCGGGCUUCAAAAGUACCAUCGGUCGCCUCGGAGAAGGAUGUGAAAACGAUUACUAAUGUAAAAACAGAAUCCGACGAUGAGCUGCAAAACGUACGGUCAACUAGUGCGAUCAAAGAAGCUGUGAGUGCACGGGAGGCGCAGGACUUUGGUACGGCGAUGGCUUCACCCGAAAUUUCAUCUGUUUCGGCAAGCACUGAGGAGCAUACCUUUAAGUUUCCAAAACCUGUUGAAGAGCUUCCGCGAAUAACAACGGCUGCACCAGUGCCACAUUCGCCAGUGGACGUCAACACCGAGGAACAACACUCCCCAAAGAAAUUUGACUCUAAAUUUGUCUAUAUAAAUGCUUUGAAUAGUCCUCGUAAGCGAAUUCGUACCGAAUCGAUGACAUCAAAUAAAUCUUACUCGGAUGUGAGUUUGAAAUCUAGAAAAGCAAUCAAACAGGAAGAGUCGCAGAAGGCAUCUGAAGCAAAACGAGAUUUGCGAAAACGAUUGAAUAACAUUCAGAAUAUAGAUAAGCAAUCGCUUACAAUGUUCGACAUGAUUUAUUAUAAUCCAGCCAAGAAUCCCAUGAAAAAUGCGGUAAUUACUAAGAAGGGUUCUCUGGAAAAUCUUCCGCAAGCUAUCGAUAGGGAACGAAGUGUUAGCAAAUCUCGAUCCCCGACCCCUGCCCCAGCGAUGGCUCCGCCCCCUCUGCCGGAACCACCAAAGCCUGCGAUACAACUUACACCGCAGCUAAAGCUCGGACCUAACGGCGAGAUGAUUCUAGACGAGACUAGCUUGGUCGUCGAGAACGAGCGGGAAAAGGAAAUUCGUGACACGAUGGCUAGAACGGAAAUUGUGUAUGAUGACGAAUUCAGCGGCAAUUCUGGCUACUAUAGUCGAUAUAAACGAACUAGGGACUGGCCACCGGAGGAAACGAUACGCUUCUAUCGUUGUCUGCAUACGAUUGGGACUGACUUUUCCAUGAUGAUUCAGUUAUUUCCUAAUCGAAGUAGGAGAGAUUUAAAGUUAAAGUUUAAAAAAGAAGAGCGGCUCAAUUUGAUAUUGGUUAACAAGGCUUUACUGUACCCUAAAGAGUUUAACAUCGAGGAAUUGAAACAGCAAUUUAAACAGGAAGACGAAGAAAUUGAAAGAGUACGUGAACAGGAACGACAAAAUAAAGCGGAAGUGGAGGAAAAGCUUCGACAGCAACGGUCGGCAAAAAGAUUGCAUCUGAAUCAAAGUAAAAACAGAAACCCCAAAAAGCGGGUGAGUAAAGCGGCACGAGUAAUGUCAGAUGCCGACCAAUUGAGUAAAACAGAAACCGUGAUGAAGGAAUCUAAGCCUAGACGAAGAAAACAGAAAACGACCAAUAACAACGAUUGCCCUCUUGAAAACUACAAUCGACCAUCCAAUCCAGAGAAAGAUGCUAUUUCGAUAGCGAAUAACGACACGCACGGUGUGAUAUCAACUGGAAAUGCAUGCAAUAUCCAACCAGUUAAAAAUAAUGCAAACUGGGAUGAGAGUGAUACAAAUUGCAAUUCGCCGUAUAUUCCAAAUGGAGACUUUACAGCACAAAACAAUGAUGAGAGACAAAGUUCGUUAGCACCAAAAAAUACUCCUCCACUGGACAUUGAAUCGAUGGAUAUCGAUAUCGUAGAUGAUGAAUCCAAAAGUUUAUAUGAAAUUAAGGCAGAAGUGAAACCCUGUCUCGUAGAAGCAUGCGAUAGCGACGGGCUUGAAUCGUCAAACGUCAUAACGUUGCAAAAUUUGGAUGAUUUAAGCCAAACAACCGUUAUUUACCGGGAACCUUCACUAAACAGAGAACCGUUGGCAAAUGAAACUGGGACCGAAAUCAAUUCUUUCGAAACAAAGUAUUUCGAAGGAUGUGAUGCAAUCUAUAUGCCAAUGCCUGCGAAUGCGCCCGUAGCACGCCCAGUCCCCAGUGAUUCGUGCGCUCGAGAUUAUUCAUCCUUAACUACAGCGCCGACACCUUCCAUGCAGGAUGACUGUCAUUCAACUCCACCGUCAGAGUGUCAUGAUUCUCCAAAUGUUGACAGACAAUCACCACAGCGACAUCAAAAUCCAGUUCAGAAAACCGAACAGCUUUUACCGGAGGAAAUGACUUCGGAACAUCAUAGGCCUGUGUCUCCGAAGGUGACCGAAGAGCAGGAUCUGCCCCAUGACUACAAGCGAUCUGUUGCUGAGACAAAUUCGGGCACUACUCGGCAGGAGAUGUCGUUGGAGACACCGAAUGAGACACAAGAAGAGGAAAGCCAUGGAUUGGGACCACUGGAGAACAUCGAUCUCAACUCGCUCGUACUGGUCGAAAGUCAAGAUACAACACGGCCGGACAAGACCAUCUACGAAAUUUACGUGAUAGAUCCGCAGACGGGAAAGCUAGGCGAGACACCGCUGGAUGUUCCAGAAGAUGUGAUAGAAAACAUUCGCUCCAUUCUAGAAACGGGCGAAGAUUAGGGUAGGUAUGAUUGUUUUGUAGUUAUAGAAGUGAACUCUUAUAUUAGGAAAAACCACUAUUUGCCGGGAAUAUAGUGUUAGGCCAUUUUAUAUCAAGGUGUUUUGUCCAGUGUAGUCUCCAAAAAAAACACAUGUAUCAAGUUACUGCGAACUAAAAA